GCGUCAGUUCCUGCCGGUGAGGCCGGGGCCCUGGGCUGCGGAGUGGGAUUUGGACUCGGCGACGGGCGGGCGGACAGACAGCAGCACGAAUUGACGCCUGAUCUGUUGAAUAUUUCAACAUUUUCUACUUUUAUCAACCCACAAUCGAUGGACUGCUGUUAUAGAAAUUAAUCCAGUGUUCGGUAUGUGAAAUAUCUGGGGGACAACAUUUUGGUUCAGUGUGUGGUGGCGAUGGCUGAACGAGUACUGGAGGAGGAGGUCAUCAAUGUCUCCAUGUUUCAGGGAAAUUCCCACAGUGUAUGGAGGGACUCUCGCAGCACACCAGUCAUCACCAUCUCCGAUGAUUCUGACUCGGAGGACGAUCCACCAGUUGUGCCCAUUAAGAUCGAAAUGACAGAAGACCAAGAUGUUGUACUAAUUGAGCCACCAGAGAGACAAAUGCGACCUCCGAUCAUCAUCCGGCCUGCAUCAGAAUGGCAAAAUAUCCAACAGGGAGAUCAACCACGGGAAAACCAGGGAGCGAAUGGAAACUUUGGAGAGGAGAGGAGCUGUAUCAUCGUGACUCAACAUAAUCGAAACCAACUUGUGUCAGAUGUGGUUGGAGCUCGGGUCAGACCAGAAGAGGUCCACCCUCAGCCACCCAUAGACGUGGAGGCUGCCCCUGCUGCCGAGCACCAACUUGAGCAGCGGAAUGAGGAACAAAAUUGGGUGGACCCUGGAGCGGCUGCUGGUCCCAGUGAGCCUCCAGCUGGGCGAUUAAAUGAGGUGGAACUACUAGACGUUCCACUUUGUUCAGCGGCAAAGACAGUGGAGCGGGAAGAAGCACAAGCGAAUGUGGCGCCAGAGCAAGACCCUGUACCGCCGCAGCCCGACGUUGCCCAGGAAGCUUUCAGAGAAGAGAUUCAGCCAAUUGACAACGAUCAAAUCGUGCAGGAACAGCAGGGGGAAGAUUUGUUAGACAAUAUGAUAAUGGACCUGGAAAACCUUGAGGAAGCUGCUGACGAAACCAGUGAACUCUUACAGUCACUUGUGAAAGAAACAGUGAAUUUGUUUCCUGAAAUAGAAGAACAAUUUGUUGAAGAGCUGAUUACAACACAUGAAAUCUGGGAUUUAAAUGUCUUGUGCAACCACCUCCUAGAAAAUCCUGAUUAUCCGAAAAAAAGUUUAAUUUUCACCCACAGCAGCAGUUUGCUUGAAAGUAACGAAGAGAAACCCAAGAUCGAUUUCUUUGACUUUUCGAAACUUGUGCCUGUAAACCAACAAUGCUUCCUUCAGGCUUCUGACCUCCUCAUGUCAGAUUUCAAAAUGCUCAACAGUCAAGACAUCAAAUGGGCUUUACAUGAGCUCAAGGGACACUAUGCAAUCACCCGCAAGGCCUUAUCAGAUGCCAUUAAGCAGUGGCAAGAAAACUCACCGCAAUCCAGUCAGAAAAAGACCCGACGGAAAGAAAUGAGCUCGUCUAAUUCAAUCAGUUUCAAAUUUGAACAGGGUGCCUUUAAAAUAGAGAGACAGAUGCGCUUUCUGGAAAACAAAAGACGACACUGGAGAUCGUAUGAUCAGGAUGGCCUUCAUCCACUAGUACGGCAAGAACUGGAGUUCUUCCAUCAGAAGAUGAAGGAAAUGGAAGAGUAUGCAGAUUUUCAAUUUGCUAUGCAAAUGAAUGAAGAACAAUAUCAGAAGGAUGGACAGCUGAUUGAAUGUGGCUGCUGUUAUGGAGAAUUUGCCUUUGAGGAGUUGACACAAUGCAGUGAUGGUCAUCUCUUUUGUAAAGAAUGCCUCGUGAGGUAUGCGCAGGAAGCAGUGUUUGGAGCUGGCCAGUCCCAGCUGAGCUGCAUGGAUAGUUGCUGUACAUGCACGUUCCUCAAUGGUGAGCUGGAGAAGGUGUUGCCAGAGAACAUACUAUGCAAAUACUACGAACGCCAAGCAGAGGAGGCGGUUGCUACGGCCUGUGCUGAUGAACUUGUCCGGUGCCCAUUUUGCAACUUCCCAGCACUAUUGGAUAAAGAAAUAAAUAUGUUCAGCUGCCCCAAUCCUCGCUGUCGAAAGGAAAGUUGCAGAAAGUGUCAGGUGUUAUGGAAAGAUCAUGCCGGGCUGUCGUGCGAUCAGGUGGUCGAGAAAGAUGAAAUCAAGUUCAGGACGUCAUUCGAGGAGAAAAUGACAGCAACAGCGAUCAGGAAAUGUCACAAAUGUACGAUGGGUCUCAUUAAAUCAGAGGGGUGCAACAGGAUGUCCUGUCGCUGUGGGGCCCAGAUCUGCUACCUCUGCCGGGCUCCCAUCAGUGGCUACGACCAUUUCUGCCAACACCCGCGAUCACCUGGUGCCCCUUGUCGCUUGUGCAAGAGAUGCUCUUUGUGGACGGAUCCCAAGGAAGAUGAUGAGAGAUUAAUCCAAGAGAUUCAAAGCGAAGCAGAAAACGAACAGAAAAAGAGGAUUGGAGAGAAAGCGGUGAAAAGGAUCGGCCCGCCACCAGAUGAACCUCCUCCAAAGAAUGCACGGCUGGAAGAGCGGGGCCAACCCAUGCAUCCCGGCGUGAACUUCAACCGCAACGACCUGCCGAGGCCAGCGCCCAUGAUCCCCGAAUUCCCCCCCAUCCCGCCAGUGCCCCCUCAUCUCCAGGUGCCCUUUCCCCCCGCCCCCUAUUUCCAUUUCAACUUUGACCCCCUGCAGCACAUGAACUUCGAGCACGAGUACCCGAUGCACUUUGGCCCGCAGCCCUACCACCGCCACCACCGCCACCACCACCACCACCACCACCACCACCACCCCCCUCAGGAUCCCCCCCACCACCUCCACCACCACCCCCCCUCCGGACCCCCCCCACCACCACCACCACCACCCUCCCCCCACCAACACGAUGCCCCCCACGGACAACCAAAUGUGCCGCCCAUCUACCAGCCCCCGCAAAACCGCGUCUUGUUCAACUUUCUACAGCAGCCACAGCAGCAUAACCUGCGAUGACCAGCAUCACCCAUGUAGAGUUUAUUUUCAGCCAAAGAGACCUUUGGUGUCUGUUGUUUUGGUGAAUGUAUAAAAGAAUGGCCACAGAUUUACUGUAAAUACUGGUCAAAUAAACCAUGCUGUUUUUUUGCACUUGCAAUAGACAAAGGUUUUGUUCUGGGUUUUUUUUUUUUUUUAAAAGAUGAACUAAAUAAAUUUUACUGAGUUCCAUAUUGAAAAAUAAUAAAAGCUUGCUUUACAAAUGGUGAUCCUUAAUUUAAUUCCAAGAUCUGUGGUUGAUCUAGCCAGACUCUAGGUGCCAUCUGAGAAGUCAUUCAUAACUACAUAUUCCAUUCAAAGUGAGCCAAAUAGAAAUGCAGCAGGCAGAUCCAAUUUUGGAGUUGAGUUCGAGCAGGAAAAGUAUUCCCCAUGUUGGGGGGAGUCCAGAACCAGGGGGGGGUCACAGUUUAAGAAUAAGGGGGAGGCCAUUUAGGACUGAGAUGAGGAAAUACAUUUUCACCCGAAAGUUGUGAAUCUGUGGAAUUCGCAGCCACAGAAGGUAGUGGAGGCCGAUUCACGGGAUAUUUUCAUGAGAGAGUUAGAUUUAGCUCCUUGGGCUAAUGGAAUCAAGGGAUAUGGGGAGAAGGCAGGAACGGGGUACUGAUUUUGGAUGAUCAGCCGUGAUAAUAUUGAAUGGCGGUGCUGGCUCGAAGGGGCGAAUGGCCUACUCCUGCACCUGUUUUCUAUGUUUAUCAUCAUGUGAGCCGAGGUACAAUAAAAAAAUGUUUGCUGAGUGCUAACCAGUCAGCAGAAAGACAAUUCAUGAUUACAAUGGAGUCAUCUACAGUGUACAGAUACAUGAUAAAGGAACUAACAUGAAUGACAUUUAGUGCAAGAUAAAGUCCAGUAAAGUCCGAUCAAGGAUAGUCCAAGGUUCUCCCGUAAGUUAGAUAGUAGGUCAGGACUGUAGGCCAGAACCAGGGGCCACAGUCUAAGAAUAUGGAGUAAGCCAUUUAGAACGGAGACGAGGAAACACUUUUUCUCACAGAGAGUGGUGAGUCUGUGGAAUUCUCUGCCUCAGAGGGCGGUGGAGGCAGGUUCUCUGGAUGCUUUCAAGAGAGAGCUAGAUCGGGCUCUUAAAAAUAGGGGAGUCAGGGGAUAGGGGGAGAAGUCAGGAACGAGGUACUGAUUGGGGAUGAUGAGCCAUGAUCACAUUGAAUGGCAGUGCUGGCUCGAAGGGUCGAAUAGCCUACUCCUGCACCUAUUGUUUAUUGUCUAUUGCUCUCUAGUUGUUGGUAGGAUGGUUCAGUUGCUGGGAAGAAACUGUCCCUGGAUCUGGGCGUGUGGUUUUCACACUUCUGUACCUCUUGCCUGAUGGGAGGAGGAGGACGAGGGAAUAUCUGGGGUAAAACUCGUCCUUGAUUAUGUGAUGCAAUGCAUAGACACAAUCAGUUCAAACUUGAGUAGAAUUGGUGUAGCAAAGAGGAAGACACAGAGUGCAAAGCAUCAGUUCCUUAGACAAGUCUCGUAGUCCUCAAUGGGGUAGAGAUGAAUGACACAGCAUCCAAGGACCGAUCAUUCAUAAGCCUGAUAAUGGAGAGGACGAAGCUGUUUCUGAGUCUGGUGGCGCUCGCUUUCAAGCUUCUGUACCUUCUGCCGGAUGGGAGCGGGGGGGAAGAAGGAAUUGACUGCGAUGGGACAAGCCAUGGAUUAGGUUGGCUGCUUUUCCAAGGCAGUGCGAUUGUGGCUGCGACUAGACUUUCGGAGGCUUCGGUCACUUGCAGGUCCUUGGUUGGAGACCGAUUUUUCAGGAGCUCCAGCAACAGCAGCUUCGUCCACCCCGAAUCGCAAGGCUUGAAUCGGCCCGUUCACAGGAGCUUUCAUCGCCCGGCACGGUCUUCAAUGACCGGAGAGGAAAUGGCCUCCUCCUAUAUAACCAUAUAACAAUUACAGCACGGAAACAGGCCAUCUCGAACCUUCUAGUCCGUGCUGAACACGUAUUCUCCCCUAGUCCCAUAUACCUGCGCUCAGACCAUAACCCUCCAUUCCUUUCUCGUCCAUAUAACUAUCCAAUUUAUUUUUACAUGAUAAAAACGAACCUGCCUCUACCACCUUCACUGGAAGCUCAUUCCACACAGCCACCACUCUCUGAGUAAAGAAGUUCCCCCUCAUGUUACCCCUAAACUUCUGUCCCUUAAUUCUCAAGUCAUGUCCCCUUGUUUGCAUCUUCCCUCCUCUCAGUGGGAAAAGCUUAUCCGCGUCAACUCUGUCUAUCCUCCUGUACCUAUUUUCUAUGUUUCUAUCUUCCUUCUAAGGUUCUCAAGUCUCAAAGUAUCCAUCGUUUAGCCAUCUACUUUCUCUUCUCUGUCCUGAAUGCCGCUUUUCUAAGAAAGUUGUGGUUGUUAUGAUAAAGGCCUCCUUUGCCAUUCAGAGGGCAAAAUAUUAUGGACCCUGUAAACGCUGAGUGCUUUGCGGUUUGUUGUCACAUUUUCCGCUGCUUAUGAUCUAUCUGUUGUCUACCCACUGUCUUUAGACUGGUAUAUGGUUAUUAUUUAAUGUUUCCUCCCCAUGUAAUUAGUUUUUUUUUUAAUCCAUCCACAUGGGCUACACUUUAUGCUGUGGUGAUCUAAUUGAAAGGUUGAAAUAUCAUUAGAACGUGCCCUGCGCUGUACAAGUGGUU